AUGGGAAGCAGAGGUAAUCGAGUGGGAGAAAGAUGGAUCGAGAUGGGUUGUGAAGAAAAAUCGAGCGUGAUUCAGGAAGAGAUCAAAAGGGUUAGCAAACUUCCUUCAAACAGUGUUUAUGCUGUUCAUCGUCUCAAGGUUCUCAACAAAAUCAACCAGCUUUUGUCUGUCCAAAGGACGUUGUCGCAAGAGAAGGAGUUAGAGUUGCUCUUCACACAGCUAUCUCUGUAA